CUCGACUCCAAGUCUCCAACUUCACUUCUCAUCCGCAGAAAACCGAACCCGCAAGCCCUCAGUUACCUCGGUGAUGCAUCUCCGGCCUUCGAGCGUCAUGUCUGCCAACUUCUCCAUACAGCUAUGUACUGGAAAGUUGCAGCGCGCAGAAAACAAAGUCACGCGGUCAAGACAAGCAGCUCGACGAUGUAUCCCCCUCGUCCUCAAAAACCAUCUCAUGUCCCAGAGAGCUUGUAUCCAUCGUUCUCUUCCUCUCUUUCUUCCUCAUCCUUGCCCACAUUGAUAUAGGCAACCCCAGACCCAAGGAAUAGCUCCUUGCACCCUUAUACCACCAUCGAUAUAAGACGGUUCAGUAUUCGCAUAAUGACAUCGUCGUAUGCUCAAAUUCCUCCGCGCCAAGCCUACUUACUCUGAAGCACAGCUGAUGCCAGAAUCCCGUCAAGUGUUCUGCCGUGUGCUGUAUAUCACUAUCCACAUACAAGCUGUCCUUUUGUCAGUCGGCACCAGUCAUCUCGACUUCUUCCUCAGCGCUGCUUGAGACGCACCGACAGACCGAAUUUCAAGACCCUGAACUGGUUCCAACAGAGAACCAUAGAAUUACGUCAUGCACGCCUUCCGUGGCCGACCACCGCCCGAUGUAUCAGAAAAGGAGAAAGGUGAUACUGGUUCACAGCUGGGAGAAGAUGCCGACACAUUGCACCCUUCAGACUCGGUUUCCAACAGAAAUUUCUAUGGUCACGCACAAGUCCAUGAGGGACCACGGCCGAACAUCAGGACCGAACUGAAAAAGGAUGAUGCCUACGACGAACUCCCCUUCUCGUACUCCAAGUCCACGAAAUGGAUGAUUCUCACCGUCGUCUUUCUCAUCCAGACAUCUAUGAACUUCAACACGUCACUGUACUCCAACGGUCUGACCGGCAUCUCUGAAGAAUUUGGCAUCAGGCUUCAGGAAGCCCGCUGGGGCGCAGCCAUCUUCCUCAUCACCUAUGCCUUUGGGUGCGAGCUUUGGGCGCCUUGGUCAGAGGAGUUUGGUCGCAAAAAGGUUCUGCAGACCUCGCUCUUUCUGGUCAAUAUUUGGUGCAUCCCGGUCGCUCUCGCUCCCAAUUUCGCAACCAUCCUCGUUGGUCGGGCCCUGGGAGGCUUAUCAUGCGCUGGUGGCAGUGUCACUCUCGGCAUGAUUGCCGAUAUGUACGAGCCUGCUGACCAGCAGGUUGCCGUCUCAUUCAUCGUCUUUUCCUCGGUGGGCGGAUCAGUGCUUGGCCCCAUCGUCGGCGGAUUUGUCGAGACCUAUCUAGACUGGAGGUGGUGCAUCUGGAUCCAGCUGCUCUUUGGUGGUUUCGUUCAGUUUCUUCACCUACUCCUUGUUCCAGAGACGAGAUGUACUAUCCAUCUCGACAGAAUCGCCAAGAAGCGCAGAAAGUCAGGCAUGGCGCCCAAUCUCUACGGCCCCAAUGAACUCUGUCCUUUCCGUCAACGCUUCAGCUGGAAAGAGGUGAUAAAAAAGUGGGGCCGUCCCUUUCGGAUGUUUGUUACGGAGCCGAUCGUCCUCACUCUCUCACUACUGUCAGGAUUCUCUGAUGCCCUCAUCUUUAUGCAGAUCCAGUCCUUUGUUCUGGUCUACAAUCAAUGGGGAUUUUCCAAGAUCCAACUUGGCCUUGCUUUCGUCCCAAUUGGCUUAGGGUACCUGAUCGCCUGGCUGUCCUUCUUACCAGUCUUUAAGCGCAACAAGAGGGCGCGCGAUCUGAAACCGCAUAGCGAGCAUGCGCAGUAUGAAUCUCGGCUAUGGUGGCUUCUCUGGACUGCGCCAUGCUUGCCCAUAGGUUUGAUCAUUUUUGCAUGGACGUGCAGUGGACCGCCCAUACAUUGGAUUGGGACCAUGGUCGGGUCUACCAUGAUUGGCAUUGCAAACUACUCCAUCUAUAUGGCCACCAUAGACUAUAUGAUCUGCGCUUACGGUCCCUACUCAGCUUCUGCUACCGGAGGUAACGGCUGGGCUCGCGACUUCCUUGCUGGUGUUCUAACGGUGCCGGCCACGCCCUUCGUCAGCAACAUUGGCGGGACGAGGCACUUGGAAAUCGCAAACACCAUUCUAUUCGCUAUAUCCCUUCUUCUUGUUGCGGCUAUCUACAUAACGUAUAUCUACGGACCAACUCUCCGUAAGAAGUCCAAAUACGCGCAAAAGCUGGCCAAAAAUACCACCCUAGAUGAGUUCGGACGCUCGCGGCCUCCUUCCCAAAUCUCCGAUCGGGACCAGCUCUGUCUCUGACGAGAUACAUAGAGAUCUUGUAGAAGACUCCUUCUGAUUUCGAGUGUGACACGCGUAUCUUUUAACUAUACGGGGUAUGUUCUUGGCUUGACCUUCGUCAUUGACUCAAUGCGUUCUGAACGUCGAGACCAGGGAUUCGCCUGUGAUGGGACGACUCUGGAUUCUUACCAAAGCCGCUUACUGAACCUUCUGGUGGGAAAUUCUCGGACUCUGGAAAAUUGGGUGCUAUUACAGGACGAUGAAAUAUCUUAGCAAGGAUAUGUUACCACAUGCGUACAUGUUUUGCGAAUAUUUCGAGCAGCAAUUCCUGACAACGUUGGCAGUUCACGGUGGCUUUUUGUCGAAUUACCAGUACCCAUGUAUUAUUAGCAACAUUUGAUAAGCAGCUAUCACGAGCCUUGUAGCCAUAUCGACAUGAUCAUUUCCAAGA